AUGACGGUUGUGGAUGUGGUGGGGGAAAUCCUGAGCGGGUGUAGGUGCGGGGCUCAGGCUGCCUUUGCCGUGCGGGAGCCCUCCAGCCUGAACCUCCUGAAGGAGCUUGCGGGAAAGGAGACGUCUGGACCGUGGAAAGAAGAAGGGGUGGACACCAGGACAUCGGUGCUCCAUGUCUUCUCCACCGUAGGUGACUUCAGGCUCACAAACAGCCAAGAUAUGUGUAUAACUACCCACGGUUCAACAGCACCCCGCUAUGCCCCUUGGUGUCCCGCCUGCCAGAACCUGCAGCCCGAAUGGGAGAAGUUUGCCGAGUGGGGCGAGGACCUGGAAGUGAACAUUGCCAAAGUGGAUGUCACGGAGCAGCCGGGAUUAAGUGGACGAUUUAUCAUAACAGCCCUUCCUACCAUCUAUCACUGUAAAGAUGGAGAGUUCAGGAGAUACCAGGGUGCAAGAACGAAAACUGAUUUCAUAAAUUUCAUCAGUGACCAGGAAUGGAAAUCUAUUGAACCGGUUUCAUCAUGGUUUGGUCCUUCCUCUUUCCUGAUGAGCAGUAUGUCAGCUUUGUUUCAGCUGUCAAUGUGGAUCAGGCACUGCCAUGGGUAUUUAACAGAAAAUGUUGGAAUACCGGUCUGGGGCUCGUAUGCUGUUUUUGCGUUGGCAACUCUGUUCUCGGGACUGAUACUGGGACUGAUAAUGGUGUUCUUAGCAGACUGUAUCUGUCCAUCCAAAAGGCACAGACCACCACAGUACCCUCAUUCAAGAAAGCUAGCUCCAGAGUCAGCUCAGCUGCUGAAAAAGCUGGAUGAAGAGCAAGAAGCAGAUGAGGAAGAUAUCUCAGAUGAUGAAACGGAGGGUAAAGAGGUGUCCGACAGAAACUCUUCACCGAGUGCUGUGAGGCAGCGCCCAGUGAACACUGCUGCUACAAUGGAUAAAUCUUAG